UAUUGAUAGGUGAAUUUUAAUAAUAAAUAAAUUAAUACAAUGGGUUGCAACGGAUCAAGCGCUAACGCUAAGAAAAAUCAAAAAAUGGCUAACAAGAAGGCAGUCAAGACUAAUAUGGCUAAAGCUCCUGAAAUGAAGGCUGAGAAGAGAAUGUCUGAGCCUAAAAAGGAGGAAAAGAUAGAACAAACUACUCCCCCACCAACUGCAGAUAAGAAGGCUGAGGACAAGGAAAUGAACAAAGCUAGAUCUAAUCCUCCUGCUAAGAAUGCCAACAACGAUAAUGAUAGCGAAUCUGCUAGCGAAGACUCUGAAGACGAUUCAAGCUACGAAGAUUCUGAGGAUGCUUCUGAACUUAGUGAAUCAGACGGAGACAGCGAAAGUUUCUCGGACUCUAAGGAAGACUAACUCCCUACUAUACCAUAAAUUUAAUUAGGCUAAUAAAAAAUUCU